AUGCUGCAGGCAUGCGGCGUCACGGCGUUUCUCGUGCCGGUGGGGCGGGCCGCGACGGCGCGCAUCAAGCAGCGGCCGGAAGACUUCGUUGUGGUCGAGGAGGAUCCCGCGGGUGCACGUACUGAUGCAGUAGACUACCAGCUGCCUGUCCCACCCGCCCCCGCUGCGGUGAGCACGACGUCACCGCGUCACACUAGUGAAGGCGCGGUUGCUCCUUCCACCUCCACCUCUGCCGUUGCUGCUGAUAAUAACGACGGCGACGACGAUACCACAGCGGUGAGUGCUGAGUGUUUGCUGACAGAUGCGACACGAGAGGCCCUGCAUGCGGUGUUUGGCAGCAAACAUGACGCCAUCACGCAGUAUGACCCAGCAGCUGCUUCUACUGCUGCUGCUGCUGCUGCUGUUGGCAGAGAGAUCCCUCUCGUUACGGAAGAGCACAUUGUUGGUGUAUUCAACCGCAGGGAGGACCGUCAGCGGCUGCACCACGCUCUGAAGGCCGCCUUUCCACACCUGCGUAGUGAAACGCGCCGUGCUUCGCUUCCCCAAGUCCCUGCGGAUGCGCAGAACUACCACGUGGUCGUCAGGUACGAUAACGACUACCUCCUCCUUGCGCACCUGCUCGGCGAGCAUGCUGCCGAUGCGGUGGAGGCGUGGCGCAGCGCGGAGUCACGCAGCGACUCGUUCCUCAUUACAGCGGCCUUUCCAUUGGAGGCGACGAAGGACACGCGUCGUGCCUUCCACGAGAUGAUGGCACGGCGCUACCCGGACGUGACGUGUCGUGUUGCAAACGGCAAAGUGACGCUUGGGGCCUCCACGAGGCAGCGAGGAAAGCGAUCACGUGGUGGCGACUGGGACAGAGGUGGUGGCGGUGGUGGUGGUGGUAGCGCUGCUGCUGCUUCUGCUGCUGCGGGUGUCUUUACGCAUCUCCUUGUGCGCAAGCGCAACCUUGAUAUGAUGGAGCUGCGGAUUUUGCUGGCGGAGCACUUCCGCGUCCCCGACGCCGCCGUGUGCACGGCUGGACUAAAGGACAAGUGCGCCGUGACGUAUCAACGAUGCUCUGUUCCCGGCAAGUGGCAGCAAGAAGAGCAACAACAACAACAAGGAGACGUAAUGCUCCGUUUGCCAUGGCCAAGCGACCCUUCAAGCUAUGCAGAAAUUCUGCAGAUGUCUGCUCCGUUUCCAGCCCCUGUGGUAAUUGGCCAGCUUCGCGGGAACUGGUUCCGCAUCCACCUCACUGACGUGCGCGGGAUAACACGCGCUGAGCUUGCCGGGCGUGUGCGGCGCGUGGCGUCGGAUGGGUUUCUAAAUUACUUUGGCCAGCAGCGCUUCAGUGAACAUACCCGAAGCGUGAAGGACCACGUUGGUGUGCACUUGCUGGCGGGGCGGUGGGCCGACGCCGUGCGCUGCGCGCUGGGUGGUGUGCCAGAGCUUUACGCGUCGUUCCCGGCGAAGAUGGAGGUGCGCCACGUACCAACAGCUGACCGCGAUGCUCAGUGCGUCGUGCAGGCCCUGCGGCGCGUGUACCGCACGCGCUACGCCUGCCUGCCGCAGCCUCUAUCGGCGGAUGACGUCGCUGGCGGCACGACGCGCUGGCAGCAGCUGUGCCACGAGGCUCUAAUGGCAGUGCCCUUCGCUAUCCGCGUCUUGUGGCUGCAUGGGGCACAGAGCCUCAUCUUCAACAUGACACUGUCAAAGCUGCAUCACGCGGGCGGCGCAAUGGUGACGGUGGGUACGCUGCCGCUGGUGGGCCACCAAGUGACGGUGGACGACGCCGUGCGGCCGAUGCUCGAGCAGACAUUGGCAGAACUAUGCCUCAGCAACACUGAUGUGCUGCUGCAGCAGAGGAAGGUGCUCGGCGUUCCGCUUCCAGGUGCCAUGCGACAGAGGGUUGUGCAGCCUGUGGAGUGCAAUCUGGUAUUUGACGAUAAUAAUGCAGAGGAGGAGGGGCCAAAGGGGGAGGACGGCUUUAAAGCAGAUCUAUCCUUUUUCCUUCCGCCGUCUGGCUACGCAACUAUCUUUCUGCGGGAGGUCCUUGGCUGUGACCAAUGGUGGUGA